GUUGUCCUUCGUGUCCGCAGCAGGUCUCCGGUGUCUCAGCAGUGAAAGAUGGACCGCUGGAGGGGCAGAGUGGCUCUGGUGACCGGAGCCUCGGUCGGGAUCGGAGCGACCAUCGCUAAAGAGCUGGUCCGGUCCGGGAUGAAGGUGGUGGGCUGCGCCAGGAGCGUGGAGAAGAUCCAGAAACUGGCAGCAGAGUGUCAGGCUGCGGGCUACAGCGGACAGCUGGUUCCCUUCAAGUGCGACCUGAGCAAGACGGAGGAGAUCGAGUCCAUGUUCGCCUCCAUCAAAGCUCAGCACAAAGGCGUGGACGUGUGCAUCAACAACGCCGGCCUGGCUCACCCCGAGUUCCUGCUGAGCGGCAAAACCAGCGGCUGGAAGAACAUGCUGGAUGUGAAUGUUUUGGCUCUGAGCGUCUGCACUCGUGAAGCGUAUCAGUCCAUGAAGGAGAGAAACGUUGACGACGGCCACAUCAUCAACCUGAACAGUAUCUGUGGCCACGUUGUGAUUCCCAGCUCUGACAUCCAUUUCUACACCUGCACCAAGUACGCAGUGACGGCUCUGACUGAGGGCCUGAGGCAGGAGCUGCAUGAAGCCAAAACUCACAUCAGGGCCACGUGCAUUUCUCCGGGCGUUGUGGCGACAGAGUUCGCUCCGAGGCUUUACAGCAAUGACCCAGAGAAAGCUGCCAGUUCAUACACAACCUAUAAAGCUCUGGAAGCCAUAGACGUUGCCAAUGCGGUCAUCUACGCCCUGAGUGCUCCUCCUCAUGUGCAGGUUGGAGACAUUACGAUAAGACCGGUGGAGCAGCAGAUGUAGAGCUGCGCAGCGUGAAGGCUCAGAUUUAAUCGCUGAAUGAUUCUUCCACGUGAUUCGUUAAACGCGCCUGUCAAAGUAACAAGAAUAAAAGUCUGACUUCAAAAUAAA